AUGCUGUGCGGGCCCCCGCGCCCCCACCGGCUGACGAUCCGCCCCGACUGCUCACCUCCCGUCCCCCUGCCCCCGCAGACGAGCCUUCUUAUAGGGCCGCCGGACCGGGAUCCGCCCCCCCCCAAGCCCGCCCCGUCCUCCCCCGGGCACGGCCCCGGGCAGGCCCACGUGCCCCCGGACUGCCCCGCCCCCAGACCUGCCCCGCCUAGGCCCCAAGCACGUCCUGCCCCAGGACACGCCCCCCAACCCACCGCCCGAGACACAUACACCCCCUCCCCCAACUCGCAUGGGACACGCCCCAUCGCCCCCUGGAUGCCCCGCCCCCACACACGUCACGCCCCAUUACGUCACGCCCCAAACACACGCUCCCCAAAACGUCACGCCGCCGAACACGUCACGCCCCCGAACACGAGCCACGAGAAGCAGCACGUCACUCCCCCGGUCACGCCCCCAGACACGUCACGCCCACUCGGACCCGCCCCCCAGCGCGUCACGCCCCUUCAGACACGCCCCCAAACACGUCACGCCCUCAGGACACGCCCCUCGGGACGCCCCGCCCAGGACACGCCCCCUCUCGACACGUCACGUCGCGUGACACGCCCCCUGAACGCACUGCCCAGGACACGCCCCCAAAUGCGUCACACGUCCAAACACGUCACACCCCAGGACACGCCCCAAAUACGUCACGAUCCCGGACCCGCCCCCGAAAACGUCACGCCCCUCCAUACGUCACGCCCCCAAUACGUCACGCCCGGACACGCCCCCAGUUAUGUCACGCCCCCGAAAACGUCACGCCCCCAAAUACGUCACGCCCCUGGACACGCCCCUGUUCCCUCCCCCUAG